CACUGUUGUUGUCUCACGCUAAUUAUUUUUGGAGCUUGUUGUCGCCUCGGAUCUCCCAUGGCAACUGGAAAUACAAAUGUAAUCUUUAGCAUAUAAUGGAAGAAUUUUGUUGCACUUCGUUAACACAAAUGGUCAGUCACACAUUUGCUUGACAGGAUUCUCUUGAAGCAGGCAGCUCACAAUGGAUUUCUUGGGAUCAAUUGCCAAAGAGUUCAUCUUCUUCAGUGGAGAUGUUCAGACAACUACUAUCGCCGUGGCGAUCACAGGCUCAAUGUGCUGCUCCAUCUUAGCUGCAAUAGUUCAUGUGAUCCUCUGGGUACAUUCCAACCCCAGCAGAGACAAGGGAGAGUACUCUGUCCCAGAUCUGCCCCUCCAAACAGAGUCCUCAGUGGAGAGACAGUUGGCUGAUAACUUUACAUGCAGAAACUUGUUCAAGCUAAGACAUUUUCUACAAGGAGAUCUCCAUUCCUGCCUACCCAGUGUCUGUUACAGUUUCAGGCGGAAAAGUGAAGGAUCAGAGAAGAUUGGAAGAUGUAGCCUGGUGUGUGAAGAGUGUUCUCCUGUAUCUCAUACAACCAGUGACUGCUCCUCAGCCAGAUAUAGCAUUCCACAUCCAAGGAUUGCCAAGACGAAAGGCCAAAGUCAAGUCUGGCUGCACAGAAGUUCCAGUAUUAUAGAUCUCAGCUAUCAGAAUAUCCACCAAUGUCCUCGUCGCCUGGGAUACAGUGGCAGUCACCUGACCAUCCUGAACCUGUCCAAUAAUUGCUUGAAGGAGCUGCCUGAAGAGAUUGGGUGCUUGACAGGUCUACAGAAGCUACACCUCAACAAUAACAGUCUGACAGACCUACCUGCUAGCCUGGGAUCAUUGAAAUAUCUGCAUGACCUGGACAUACAGGGAAAUUGUCUGAUUGCUUUGCCAGACUGCGUGUGUUCCCUAUUGUCCCUAAAACACCUUGAUGUGUCGUGUAACCGCCUGAAAGCCUUGCCUGUAGAGAUUGGCUGCCUCAGGUCUCUUAGAGCUCUGUGUGUUGGGUAAGGAACACCCUCGAAGC